CAAGGGCCACCCACCAUCACUCCCUUCCCUCUUCCCUAACAACCCCCACAGCCCAACUAAACAACCUUCCUCACCUUUUUCCCCUUCAACCAUGUCAAAUGAAUCUCGAACUAUGUCCCAUGAAGAGCUCAUUGCCUCAAAUACAGCCUUGAAAGCACAAUUAGAGUACUUGGCUAAAGAGGUAGCCAAGCUUACAAAGAUGAAACUCAACGAGCUCCAAGGAAGUGACCGUGAAGAAGACGUUAGCUCUUGUGGAACCAUGAAACCUAAAGCCAAUGAAGGUUCUGACUUCAAAGUUGACAUUCCAACUUUUGAAGGGAAGAACGACCCGGAUGAGUUCCUCGAGUGGCUAGAAACAGUGGAACGCGUCUUUGACUUCAAAGAUGUUUCCAACGAAAAGAAGGUCAAGAUAGUGGCCUUAAAGUUCCGGAAGUAUGCAUCAACUUGGUGGACUAAUACGUGCACCAAGAGAAGAAGAAAUGACAAGGAACCGGUGUCCACGUGGGUAAAGAUGAGGUCCCUUCUAAAAAAGAAGUUUUUACCCGCCGAAUAUGUUCGUGAGAAUUUUGCUAAGCUUCAAACGCUUAGACAAGGUUCUAAGUCCGUUGAGGAAUACAACCGGGAGUUUGAAGAGCUCUUGCUGAGAUGUGACUUGCAAGAAGAUGAUGAACAAACCUUUGUUCGUUACCUAUUCGGCUUAAACCUGCAAAUAGCCAACACGGUGGAGUUGCAAAGUUACGACUCUCUUGAAGAACUCAUGAAGUUGGCCCUCAAAGUUGAAGCUCAACAUAAGAAAUCCAAAGCCUUUUUCUCCAAAAAUAACACCCCUUCCCCACGCCCCUACUCCUCCACAUCCAAACCACCUUACCCUUCAUCAAAAUUACCUUACACUACCCCCAAAAAUCCCACUACUGCCCACGGCACAAACCCCUCCUCCUCCUCCCAAUCUACCUCAAGAAACCCCUCCUCCUCUUUCACACCCCGGGAUGAUCCCACCAAGAAAGCACCUGAGCUGUACAAGGAAGAUGAAGACUUCAAGGACACUUAUUCUAAGUGCCUCAUUCGGCCCUAUGGAGAUUUUCUUGUCAAAGACGGUUAUCUCUUCCGUGGUAACCAACUGUGCGUCCCGCAAUGCAUGGUCAGUGAUUACUGGGCACAUAGCCCUAGAACAGGAGGAAUGACUGGCUUUGCUAGUAAACUUAAGGGUUUGAAACCUGUUCUGGCCCACUGGAGCAAGAAUCAUUUUGGCAACAUUUUUAAGGAGGUUAAGGAUAAUGAAAUUAAAGCAGCCAGAGCCCAAGAGGAUUUUGAAAAUGACCCAACAGAGAAAAAGAGAGCUGAGGCUAAUCUAGCCUCAGCUAAUCUGAUCCUUAGCCUUAACAAAGAAGUAGACUUCUGGAAACAAAAGGCUAACAUCAAGUGGAUGUCAGAAGGAAAUUGCAAUUCCAAAUUUUUUCAUUCAUUUGUCAAAAGCAAAAGAAGAAAACUUGCAAUCAAAACAAUCCAUGAUGAUCUAGGCAACAUUUUGACAACCCAAGAGGAUAUUUGCAGAGAGGCUAUUCACUAUUUUUCUAAUUGCUACACCACAGUCACUCAGUCAGAUGAAACCAUUAUUUCUCAAUUCAUUGAUCAAGUCAUUUAUGACAGAGACAAUCAACUCAUCUGCUCUCUUCCAUCUGAAGCUGAAAUUUAUAAAGCUAUUUUGAAUCUUAAUCCUGAUAGUGCAGCUAGCCCGGAUGGUUUCAAUGGAUAUUUCUUUAGAAUUUGCUGGAACAUUAUCAAGGUGGAUGUCAUUCUUGCCUGUCAGGAAUUCUUCUUGGGAUUUCCAGUCCCCAGAUCAUUUGGUAGCACAUUUAUUACCCUCAUUGCCAAGAUUGAAGAUCCGAAAGGGUUUGGAGACUACAAACCCAUAUCCCUCUCUUCCUUCAUGAGCAAAUCUAAUACAAAGAUCCUAGCUACCAGAUUGGCCACACUGCUUCCCAAAUUUAUCUCAGAAGAGCAGACAGGAUUUCAAAAGAACAAGGGUGUUGAGGAACAGAUUCUAUUGGCUGAAGAAAUGGUGCACAUGCUAGAUAAAGAGGUCAGAGGGGACAAUUGCAUUGUCAAGUUGGAUAUGGCAAAAGCCUUUGAUAGGGUGGAGUGGAGCUAUCUUAUUAAAAUUUUGGACAAACUUGGGUUCAACUUACACUCACAAAAGCUGUUAAUGGCCAAUCUAGUAGGUUUACAUCUCUCUAUUCUUAUAAAUGGCUCACCUGCUGGUUUCUUUCAAAUGAAGAGAGGGGUGAAACAAGGUGAUCCUCUCUCACCUCUUCUCUUUUUGAUUAGCAGUGAGGGCUUCACAAGAAUGAUCAACCUACACAUGAACUCCACCUAUCUGGGCAGCUACAACACAGGCAAUCACCCAUUGAUAAGCCACUUGGCUUUUGCAGAUGACCUAGUGGUUUUCCUCAAUGGGGACACUAGGAACUUGAAAAAAUUUAGAAGGAUUUUAGAGGUCUAUCAGAAAGGGUCUGGGCAACAAGUGAACCUUAACAAGAGCAGCUUUUAUACUGGGAAGAAGGUCAACCAAACUAAAAUUGCUUCAAUGUUCAGAAGUCUAUGUAUGGAUCAUGGGACACUCCCCUUAUUUAGAGAGAGACUAGAAGCUGAGGAUAAAGCUGAUAAAAUAGUCAAUGAUCUCCGCAAGGCUAUUGAGCUUAAACGCUCCCUCCAACCUCAAGAUCCACAAUUGGAGGAAGUUAAUGCUCAAAAAGAGGCUCUAGAACCUAAGACCAACCCUGAACCAUCCAACCAUCAGGUGCCAGUUCUAGAAGAUUCACCAAGUUCUACACUUUCACAUAAACCCGAGAGCAUAACAACUCUUGCUGGGGCUACUGUGGUGAUGUUACCCGAAUACCCUCCAAGCCAAGUCUCAACCGGCACAGUCGUACAUGAGGUGGAACCAACUGAGGAACUUGACUCAGAACCACCUAUGCUUAUUCAAGAACAGAAGGAGGAGGAAGUUUUGCCUAUGGCAAUAAACGACCAUAUCCUUAAUUGUGUUGAAGACACACCUCCAGAGGAACCUGUUCUGGAGAAGAUAGAGCCCACUACCUACCCCCAAGAUUCCAACGUUCAAGAGUAUAAGGAGGAAUCUAUAGACGAAGAAAUACCUAGCACAGAGGAACCAAUAACGUCUAUAGAUAAUCAUGCCUCAUCAGAAGACUUAGACCAAACUUUCUUUGUCUCCCUACUUGACGGGUGUGACUUUGUAUGCCCGAAGGAUAGUUGGAGCCAAAAGAGUUGGGAUGAACUUCUGGUAAGUGACACUGAAGACUCAUCCAUGGGGGAAAGCAUAGUCGUAAUCAUCAAACCACAAAUGGAUGGUCAGCCUGUUGAAGAUAAGGAAAAAAUCAAUCUCGCUAUGAAGGCCAAUGAUGUGGAUCAAUUGAGGAGACUUCCGCCACCACCCACCUAUCUAGAGUCUCCUCCUUUUAUCCUGUUGCCGCCAAGCCGCAGGGAUGAGUCAAGGAUCCUGGACCAUGACCGAGCAACAAAUCAAACAAGGUGGCACCAGAAGAGAGUCAGAAGGGCCAAACUUUAUGACUCUCGGAUCGGGAAGUCGCGGAAAAAGUGGGGCAUACCUUACAGUGGGAGCGAAGAAGAUGUCUCACCUGGGGAAAGCACAAGUAGAGGGACCAAGAUCAAGACAAUCUUUAACCCUAAACCAACACGUCAUGGAAUGGAACUUAUCCCACAGAAGAAGGACACUCAAAGUAACCAACAAUUAACUGCUGCCGUCCAAACACUUCUCGAGAAAAUGCAGUCCCUUGAAACCUCCAUUAACAUGACCCGUUCCAACGACUCGUCUGGGUCAUCCACUCAUCACCGCACAUCGCCGUUCACUCAUGUCGGCAAUAGUCAACCCCAAACCAAACUGUUUUUUCUAAAGUUUACCGGAGAUGAUCCGAUUGGAUGGCUUUACUUAUCAGAGCAAUACUUCGAGUUUGCCAAGAUUCCUGUUGAUCAACAAGUCUCCUUAGCCUCAUUUCACAUGGAGGGCAUUGCCCUACAGUGGUACAGGUGGUAUACAAAGUUCAAAGGACCACUCACCUGGGGGGAACUCACUCAAGCAGUUUUGCAGCGCUUCGGCCCGACCGAUUUUGAAGACCCGUCUGGAGCACUCUCUCACCUGACACAGACAACUACAGUUGCUGCCUACACAGAGUCAUUCGAACAGCUCUCCCAUCGUGUCGAUGGCCUUCCGGAACCCUUUCUUAUCGGUUGCUAUAUAGCCGGUUUGAAGGAGGAGAUACGAUAUGAUGUUAAAGUAAAGAAACCCAAGAAUCUCUCUGAAGCCAUAGGUGUAGCCCGCGUAAUUGAAGAAAAGAACAACACUCAAAGAAGGCAGCCCUCAAACAAUCGCUUCACACCCGCCGGCUCAUCUGCACGUUCAAACCCCGUCCAGCCCUGGACUAUUGGGCCCGCAUCCGAAUGCACAAUCACCAGCCAAGCCUGCUGCCCCCUCUCAAAAUCCAGUACCAUGCAUCCACAGACAAUUAGGCUCAUGGGGAAAAUCGGGAACAAACAAGUUAUGGUCCUUGUUGACGGGGGAAGCACCCAUAAUUUCAUUGAACAUUCCUUGGUUACCAGGUUCGGACUCGUAAUCAAUCGGGAGGAAAUGUUUGAGGUCAUGGUGGCUAAUAGGGAACGGAUUUCAUGUGUCGGUCUAGUCCGAGACCUCACAUUAACCGUGCAAGGCUAUAACAUCACUACCGACUACUACGUUCUACCAGUAGCUGCAUGCCAGAUAGUUCUUGGGGUUCAAUGGAUGAAGACACUUGGGCCAGUCGAAUUGGACUAUCAACGUCUCACUUUGCGGUUCAAGAUUGGGGACUCAUCCCAUUCGUUAGAAGGCAUCAAGCAACCCAACUCAACUGAAGCCUUGACAGAUAAGGAACUUCAAAGUUUGCAUGGAAUGGGAGAAUUUGGAGCUACAACAGCUUCUGGCCGACUUUAAGGGAGUUUUCCAGCCCCCCUCUUCAUUACCCCCACACCGCAGGCAUGACCACCGGAUUAUAUUAAAACCCAAUGCUGGUCCGGUUA